AUGCCUACCGGCACGAUUCAGCCUUUGAUAAAACAACAACUUGAUAUAAAAUUCAUACAAUAUAAAGCAUAUGCACUUGCUAUGGGAAGAACAGGAGUUGGAAAAACGACGUUGGUUAAUGGACUUUGUGGAACAAAGCAUGAAGCAGGUUCAGGACACGGAAGUAAAACACGAAAUCUAUUUCGUAAUGAUACUAACAUUGGUGAAGGACAACUUGCUUUAAUUGACACACCUGGAACCGAUAGUACAACCGAAGCAUAUCGUCAUGCACAUUUGUUACGAACGGCUCUGAUAACAGGGAAUAUUAACACAAUUUUUAUUGUCAUUAAAUAUGAUAGUCGAUAUGAUAAAAUGGUGAUAAAUUAUCGCGAAGUUGAGAUUCCGGUUCGCAGAUAUCGUUAUAAAAUAGUAAUCAUAGUCUCAUACUGGGACAUUUCCGAAAGACCGAAACAAGAUUUUGAAGGAAUUUGCAAUGAAUUCAAAAAGAAUGGUAUAAACUGUAAUAUUAUUUUUUAUUCGAAUAAAAGUGCGCUUGAAACAAUGGUAAACUUGAUGUAUAGUUGUGUAUCUAACAUGGACGAAGAAAGAUUGGAAAUCAAUGAUAAUGACUUUUAUCUCAACUUCAACUUAAUGGAUAUCAAACUAGAAAUCGAAGAGUCUUCAAGGGAAUUUGCACGUGACGCACUAUCACUAUGCGAAGAAUUUAAACAAACUGCUAUGCGUGUUCAUCACGAAUCUGUUCCAGACGGUGAUGAAAUUUUGCAUAUGCUCAUCGUGGAAUUCGAACGUGAAAUGGAUCAGUUGUUAAAAAAAUUUACAGAUAAGCAUGGGAAUUCAAUGGCAACAACAGAUGACUACAUAUCUUAUAUAAAUAUGCAAAAGAAAACUGUUGAGUUCUGUGAUAUAUUCGUGAAAACGGUGAGACCUUUGAUGUCUUACAAUCUCUGUGAUAUUCAGGAUCCUAGAAAUUUGAUUAAACGAUGUCCAAACUGUAAUUUAAUUUGGUUCAAAGCAGAAGGUUGUGACGGAACAACAGACUGUGGUAACAAUAACUUUAGCAAUCGUUUUGAUGUUAGUAAAAGAUCUCACCACAAAUUUCAGCUGAAACGAAUCAAUGGAAAACUUCAAUGGGAAAAAUUAUCGAACGUGGUAGAACCAUCCAAAUAUUUCAUCGAAGCGCCUGAAAUGCGUGAAAUGCCAAAUGCAAGCGUGAAUGCGCCCCACGAUCAGCAAUUUUCCGACAACGAUAUGUCAAGCGCAGAAGGUCUUGUGUUCAACCACAUGAUGGAUGAGAACGAACUGCAGGUCGAAGUACCAAACGAUGGUAAUAACCUAGUCGAGACCAAAUCGCAUAGGAAACGGAUGGGUUGUGGAACUAGUUUCGUAUGGAAAAAUCUUCCAAAAAUAGAAGAUGAGCUGAUUUUACAGUUGCUUACAGUAAAAACCAUGGAACUCGCAAAACAAAAAAUAAGUGAAGAAUAUUUUACACAUAUGUGCACAAAUCGCAAUAAAAACAUUGACUCUAUUUUUCAUUCUUAA